AAUUCUGCAUUCCUGUUCCUCAGACCAGUGUGUACAAAAUACAAUAUUUCAGCAUGUUUUCAUCUCUGUCCUUGAGAAAUACAUCUUCACAAGCGCAUGCUCUGUGAUAUGAUUUGAAUGCUGGUGUGUGUUCUGUAUGAGCCUGUAUGAUUCAAUAUUCUGUUCAGAUUGGACAGCAUGCCUUCUGUAUUUCCUCCUCCGUCUCUCCCGCUGGGUUGCUGUUGCUGCUGCUCUUGCUGCAUGCAUACUCGUGUUUCUGGCCUCUAAUUGCCUUUGUGGAAAAUACAGCGGUUGCAGCAGAUAUUCGAAACGCAGUGAUGAAAUGGUUGAAAAUAUCUCAGCAUGCAGCAGGCGCUCUUGUCGAACACCACACACCUAAGAUUAUGUUUAUAUUUCAAAUAUCUUUAUGAACCAGGAAAACAUGGGUUAAUAUUUAUGGCAUUAUGAGCAUUUUUAGGCUUUGUGCUUUGGUAUAAUAUGGUAAAUGUAUUCAUAUUCAUUGUGCAUUAUAAAAAAUCUGCCUUCCCUUGAUAAUCAUCUGAUAUUAAAGCCUCCAGAUAAAAUAAUCUGUCCUAAAUUUGCAGAGACAGCACAGUAGUUGGGUCUCUCCAGUCCAUGCAAAUUCAGAUGCUAUUGUAAUAAAUAAAUAAACCCUCUUUCAUUUUAAUACAAAACCAUAGGCUGUAAAUCUGCAUGCUUAAACUCCAGCCAGUACUGCUAAUUAGCUUGAGACUGUGAGUGCCUUAAUUUGAGGUUUUCAGAUUUAGACUCCUUGGUGUCUAAAGUGCUUUAGCUUUCUGUCUUUGUGGCAAGUGAAGGUCUGAAAACAUAUGCUGUGUGUACAGUGGUUUCUGAGAUUCUGAGCAUCCCAACUAAAAAUCAGAGGAAGAGUUCAAAUGAAUGGGAAUGGAAGAGUUUUGAAUGAAGAUCGGUCACAGUCCUCCUUUCCUCCCAUUUUCCAGUUGUUAUUUUCCUUGUAACACUGAACUACAAAAGAAGAACAUGACAGGCUUUCCUGAGGCAGGAGAGAACGGUUCCCUGGAGGAGAUGGAAGAGGACAUCAGUCUGAAGAAGCGUAAAAGCGAUCAUCAUGGUGAGAAAGAACUGCAGUCUGGGCAGGAAACAGGCGAAAAAGUCAAAAGGAAGCGAGGACGCCCACCAGCAGAGAAACUGCCCCCAAAUCCACCUGAACUCACCAGAACACUGAGCACACUGGUAGACAUGGUUAUCAACUACAAGGACGGGUUGGGUCGACAGAUCAGUAAAGGCUUUGUGCAGCUUCCCUCCAAGAAGGAGGUACCUGAGUAUUACGAGCUGAUCCGAAAGCCUGUCGACUUCAGAAGGAUCAGGGAACGUGUACGUAAUCACAAGUACAGAAGUGUGGGAGAUUUGGAAAAGGAUAUUUUCCUCCUUUGUCACAAUGCUCAGACUUAUAACCUGGAGGGAUCUCAGAUCUAUGAAGAUUCAAUUGUCAUUAAGUCUGUCUUCGAGAGCGCGAGACAGAGAAUUGUCACAGACGAGGAACAGAAAGAGACGGUUAGCGCCACUCACAGCGAUAAUGGUGGCGGAGCUGAAGACCAAUUUGUUCCAUCAGCAGUGAAACCAUUACCAGUCCAGCUAAAGAAGGGCAACAAGGAGGAGAGAAGCAGAAUUACUAUGGCCAAGAGGCUCCACAGUGAUUUAGACAGUGAUGAGGAUCUAGAGGACAACACCACAAAAGAUGAAGGUUGAACUGAAAGGCCCUCAGUUUUUUGUAUUCUGGUUCAUGUCUAUUCUCUGCCACAUCCCUUUUCAUUGGUUUCUUCAUUUUCUAAGCAAAAGAAAUGUCUUUGACAAUAAAAUAAGAAGGACCGUUCAAAGAGAGGCACUUACGGAACAAUGCUUCAAUAUAUGUCUUGCUGUACAUAGUUCUGUUCCUUUAAUUUAGCUGGUCUUAUAUAAUAAUUUCCAUUUUAUCUGCCUUAGUCUUUGUGAUUGCUUCUGCAAAUAUUAUGUAAAACAACAGUUUCACUGACUGUUUUUAAUCCAUAUAUUUGAUUGUAUGAAAUGCCUUCAUAUGUUUUGGAGCAUGAUAUGUACAUCUCUCCUGAAGCUGGCUCCUCCAGAGCAGCACCUGCUGAUGACAAUGUUGAUGUGUUCAGGGAUCGAGAAUUGAAGCACACAGGAAGGUCUUUUUAAAGAAAACAAGAACAAAUGAACACUAAGUUUGUUUAAAAUCUCUGAAUGUGAUUUUAGAGAUGAUACAUCUUUGAUAAAAACCAUAGUGGAAGUAUAAUGGUCAGAGAGACUUGAUAAAUACUAGUACUGAUAGUAUUACUUUUGUCUGUUUCUGAUACUUGAUGGAAUACGUUUAGGUCUAAUCAAGGGUACUCAAUUUGAACAUUUGUAUCCCUUGUGCUACAGUAUAUUCACAUGUUGUACAGUUUGUGUGAAAAGUAAGUAAAAACAAAGUUUCUUUUCAUUUACUCUCCUGGUUGUUGGGGAGGAUGGAAGACAUCAUUGUUAAGACAAUCCCUGGAAAUGUGUAUCACUUAAACACUUGCGAAAUAAAUUUUACCAAAAUUC